CCCCGCCCGGAUCAGAGUCGAUUCCGCGCCGCGGCUGCAGCUACAGGUGCAGCAGAGCCGAGCCGGCCGCGCUCCGAACGGCACCUCCCGCCCCACCAUGGGCAACAGCGCGAGUCGCAGCGACUUCGAGUGGGUCUACACCGACCAGCCGCACACGCAGCGGCGCAAGGAGAUACUGGCCAAGUACCCGGCCAUCAAGGCCCUGAUGCGGCCGGACCCGCGCCUCAAGUGGGCGGUGCUGGCGCUGGUGCUGAUGCAGCUGCUGGCCUGCUGGCUGGUGCGCAGGCUGGCCUGGCGCUGGCUGCUCUUCUGGGCCUACGCCUUCGGGGGCUGCGUGAACCACUCGCUGACGCUGGCCAUCCACGACAUCUCACACAAUGCGGCCUUUGGCACGGGCUGCGCGGCGCGCAACCGCUGGCUGGCCGUGUUUGCCAAUUUGCCUGUGGGUGUGCCCUAUGCCGCCUCCUUCAAGAAGUACCACGUGGACCACCACCGCUACCUGGGUGGUGAUGGGCUGGACGUGGACGUGCCCACGCGUCUGGAGGGCUGGUUCUUCUGCACGCCCGCCCGCAAGCUGCUCUGGCUGGUGCUGCAGCCCUUCUUCUACUCGCUGCGGCCGCUCUGCGUCCACCCCAAGGCCGUGACCCGCAUGGAGGUGCUCAACACGCUGGUGCAGCUGGCGGCCGAUGUGGCCAUCUUUGCCCUCUGGGGGCUCAAGCCCAUGGUCUACCUGCUGGCCAGCUCCCUCCUGGGCCUGGGCCUGCACCCCAUCUCGGGCCACUUCGUGGCUGAGCACUACAUGUUCCUCAAGGGCCACGAGACCUACUCCUACUAUGGGCCCCUCAACUGGAUCACCUUCAACGUGGGCUACCACGUGGAGCACCACGACUUCCCCAGCAUCCCGGGCUACAGCCUGCCCCUGGUGCGGAAGAUGGCGCCCGAGUACUACGACCACCUGCCGCAGCACCACUCGUGGGUGAAGGUGCUCUGGGAUUUCGUGUUUGAGGACUCCCUGGGGCCCUACGCCAGGGUGAAGCGGGUGUACAGGCUGGCAAAGGACGGCCUCUGAGCCCGGACUGCCUCCUGGUGGCGGUCAUCGUCCCCCACCGGCCCCUUGGCCUCACGCCCCAGCACCGAGGGGCUGCAUUUCCUUCCUGUACCCUGGACUGCUGCCCUUGUCCCCGAGGAGUGUCCUGGGCAGCCACGCCUGGAGACAGCAGUGUGGGCUUCAGGGCUCCACCUGCACGUGGAGUUGCCCUGGACCUUCAGUGUGGCCCUCCCUGUCUGGGCCUCACCAGGUGAGACCUGGCCCUGCCCCACUGUGACCUGCGUGCUCUGAGCCCACGGUCCCCACGGAGCUGACUUCUCUGAGGUGCCUGUGCCCUACAUUAAACCCAGCGUUUGUUUCACA